CAAACUGAAGUGACAAUCUUCGCACAUUUCCCUGCUAAGACACUUAGAUCAUGCCGUACACAUUCAACUGCCGUUCUACAUGAUGGGUGUGUAUUAAUUAUACAGGGAUAUGGAGAGAAGACGGCAUGAGGAAACAGCAGAGGGCUCCAGAUCACACCAGUCAACAUUAACAGGAACCCUUGCACUAAAGAACUUCACCAUACCCAGGAAGAAACGCACCUCCGGAGAAGUACUUUUGGAAUGCUGUUCAGAGGAGAGCCGUGAUUACAGUCUCAUUCAAACAAAACUCAAAGACUUCAAGCUGGACACAAGAAAGGAUCAAGCAAAUGCAUGGGAUUGGAAAGAUGUCUGUUUAGUGCACAAUGAGGAGCUCCUUAAAAAGUUCUCUGAAAAAAGGGCAGAGAUGCGUGCUAAAGGAAGACAUGGGAGAGAAAUGGAGGAAAGAUUCUGCUUUUUAGCGGCAACAGAUCAAUUGACGACCCAGAUUUAUCAGCAUGGUCUGCCGGUUGGCAGCACAACACAGCAUGCCUUGGGAAAGCCAUCUUAUGGAGUAUAUCUGUUUAAGCAUGUUGAUGUGGCAUUGAAAUCAGCCUGCACAAGUGCUAAAAAGCUGUUCAUUUUCAAGGUUCUUUAUGGAAAGGUGAAAAAAAUUGCUCCAUGUUUGGACUGGAACAAAACCCAGGAUCCCACAGUGGCCUUCGACUGUCAUAUGUGUAAAGAUGCAGCGUCCCAUCGAGACACUCUUCACCAGCAAAUACUGGGUUCUGCUGUUUUUCUGUUUGACUUUAAUGAAAAGCAGGAGCUUACUGAAAGACCUAGGCAGUGUUUGCCAUAUGCUGUAGUUUCAUUUGUUCCUGUCAGCAGUGCCAUUCAGACUCUACAUACAAACCUACCAACGCUACCUAUUGGCCAAGUGAAUGACCGCUAUAAGGCAUGUACUGUGGCAGAAAGAAGAGGAAAAGGAAACACAGCCACCAUUACAUUCAAACGUUUUGGCACACCACACCUUUAUGAGACUGAUUAUACACCUCAGAAUCCAAGAGUAGAAUCUCUAUUUCAGAAGGCUGAUAUGCAAAACACUCAGUCACUCAACCUAAAUCAGCACUGGACUCCUGCCAGCGAGGACUCAGAACUUUCUAGCUGCUCAGUACCAGUUGUGGACCACACUGCUCUCUCCGAAAACUGGCUGGGGAAUAAAUCCUUCUUGAGUACUCACAAACAAAAUGCUGAAAGAAAGGAAAAUAAAUGUGACACGAUAUCUCAAACUCCAGUGGACAAGAUUUCAACUGUGGUGUAUUCUUCACGCUUGGUUAGAGAUCCUCGUCUAUCUAGACAAGACGCAAACCAACAGACCAACUGCUCAAAGCCAGAGGAAGCAUACACAGACUCAGGAUGUGAUGAUAGGAAUUACAAACCAGUCCAUCAAAACCAAGAGAAUAAUUAUGGAUUUGCUGGAAAUCAGUGUAAAGAUCCGUCUAGUAUGGACCAGGAGAAUGCUGAAAGAGACCGUCCUCUAAAAUUCUUAAUGAAUGAUCAAAGUACACAUGCCCCAAUAUUGCCUUCAAUGAGGUUAUUCAAAUUAAAAUUCCAGAAAUAUGCUGCCUAUUUCAAAAUGAAUGAAGAGGAAAGACAUCAAUACAUCUGGUCACGUGAAAACAUGUCGCCAGAACAAAAGCAAGAGUUGGCCGACCGGAUAGAUUUCUAUGACAUUUAUUAUCAAAAGUAUAAAAAAGGAUUACUCUUUCCAAAACCGAACAAGGCAAAGACCUCCAGUCUCUCUCAAACGGAGCCUAAAGAAAGUAUUAAACAGACAAAAGACAAUGAAUUCAAACUGAAUCUACAAUGCGUUGAUACCGAAAUUCUGUCAGAGAACAAUUAUUUGUUAAUCAAGGAUAAUUGUAGCUCAACACACAUUCAUGAAACCAAACACCCAGAUCAUCCACAAGUGUUGUUGAAAGAAAUGGGAAAUGAUUGCCUGCUAAAGAUGCAGGACUAUGUGCCUUCAGAUAAACUUUCAGAGAAAACCUCAUUACUGGGAUUGUCGAAUCUCAACAUCACAGAUGAAAACACGAAUAAACAGUUUAAGCAUAUUAAGCAACCAAGUCCUUUAACAUGUUCCUGCAAUGAAGCUAAGCUCAAUCACAUUGAACAUGAGCUCUGCAGAAGUGUGGUUUUACAGGAGAAUGAAUCAAAUCCAGGUGUUAACUUGGUUGAAAUACCCAACACUGAGAAUGCAAACAACAUCACCAUCAUGGAUAUUGCAAGCUUUAUGGAAGUCUCAAGCUGUGGGACAUCAGACUGUAAUCUCAGUUCUGUCAUGGCAGAAAAGGAAAAGCAGAAUGUGAAAAUCUGCAACAGUGUUAAAGAUACAGAUUCGUUUAAAUGUGAGAAAUGCUGUGAAAUAUCUCCAGAGUUUGACAUGGAAACAGUACAGCAGGAAUUGUACAGAAGGCUUCAACUUGAUCAACUGUUGCCAAGCAAAAAUCAAAAGCAUGUUUUCUCCUCGAAGGCUUUCCUUAUGAGCAGACCCACAGACACAAUUUCCAAGCCAAAAAACGAUAAUGAAGACCACUGCGAAGCUGCAACAAGCCUAAACAUGAAAAGCUGUGAAGAUAAUCAUUUUACAAUUACUCUAAAAUCCAAUAAAACAUCUACUGAUAUUAAAGAAAUGCUUUCUCUCUCUGAGCGAUUUUCAAAAAUCAAAGUCCUUCAAAGUAAAAUAGGUAAAAGAAGGAACAAAAUGAUGACAGGGACACAAAUGUGCAACAACGAAGGUCACAAAGAAGAUGUGAUCUGUAAUGCAGAACUAAUACAACUACUAGCACUGAAGUACAGCAAAUCUAAAAUAUUGAAAUGCAAGAAAUUAAGCAAAUCAGACAGAAAGAAGAUAUCUUUUGAAAAACAGCACACAUCCUUAUCAAUAGGUCACUCCUUCAAGAGAAGGAAAUACGCCAAGAAAACACAUUUUUGGCGAGCAAAGAAAAAUCGUAGCAGAAAACUAUUGUGUCCCCAUGCAGCAGUCAAUUCACAUACAUCUGAAACAGUCCUCACAGACAACAAAGAUCCAGAACCAGGCUCUAAUUUAAGAAUAACAUCUGAAGACGAUGGAAGCAUACCCCAAGGUCACUGUAGUCCAGUCAUGUCGGUUAUAAGCAAAGAUCUCCCACCAUCAAUGGAAUUCAACACUAUUCCUCAGACCAAAGAGAAACCAAUAGUUCUAACAGAACCAUCUUCAGAAGAUCUAAGUAAAAGUGAUUCAGAUUUCACUGAGAAGGCAACAAAAGAUUUCACUUCACGCGAAAUUCUACUAAUGGUGGAUGAAGGAGAACAAAUGAAGGCGACUGAAAGCAGCUCAAAUCAAAACAAAGCAUCUUCAGCCACAUGCACUACUAAUGAUUACAGCACAGUGUGCAAGGAGGGGAACAUGCUCCUGAAAGAGACAUCAGAGACUAGAUUGAAUCCCUUAAACAAGGAACAUUUUACAAUUGAUAUGUCAGUAGAAAACAAUUUAGAUGCUUCUGAGAACUUAGCUACACGUGAUUGUGGGGCAUCAGAAACUGAAGUCCAGACAAGCAUGACUCCAGAGGACAAAGUGAUGGAUACUAUCGGUGAUACAUCAAAUACAGGACCUAUACAAUGCACUGUGCAGAAUAUAAGCAUGGAAGGUAUUCUAAAUGUACAGUGUAUUGAAGGAGGAAAACACACUCCAGCAGAUAUCCCAAAUGAAAACAAAUCAUGUCUCGACAUUAUCAACACAUCCAAUGGCAAUAGUGUUUCGAGUACUGAAACGGAGGUGCAUAAAGACAUAACACUGAAUUCAAAGCCAUGUAGUCCUGAGGAUUUGAAAUGUGCCUCAAGUAACAUCGUAGAUCUUACUGUUGAUGAUUCAGCAUUAAGUGGUCAGUGUGAGAUUUCAGAACAGACAAAAAGCAGUGUUAUAAAAUCACCAAGAACACUCUUAAUCAAAGACAACUCUGAAUCACCAAGGCCAGACAAAAACGAUGAUGCAAACUCACCAGAAACCCAGCUAAUUUCUAAACUUCGAGAUUAUUUGACUAAAUUUGAGUCUACUGUCAAGAAGCAAGAAUCAGCGAGUGAAGAUCUGAAAGAAAGACCAGUGGUGUGGAUAACACUUGACAGCACUGCACAUAAACAACAGUUGUUUGAAAAAGGCCAAUAUUGCAUGGUAAAUUUGCCCUGCCUGGUGCCUAACGAGACUGACGCUGUUAUGAGCGGCAAUAGCAGUAAUAGCACUGAAACCUCUGUUCAAAACAGGAAGGCUUCUCGAAGUGAAAAUGCUCAAAUUGGAAGUGAUGUUUGCUUAUUGGUACCUAUUGAAUCUAAGAGAGGUAGACGAUUUUCUCAGUACAAACGAACCAGCAGACAAAGAUCAAGAAGGAGCUCUGUUAUUAGUGUCAGUCCUGACAGUACCAGUGCUUUAGACAUUGUCAAAGAUUGUAGUUCUUUUCCAGUGGCCAAGGAAAAUGACCAGAAGACUGGUUCCCCAGAAAUCUCCAUCAAUAACACCCUCAGUGACCAUAUCCAGAUGCAAAGAAAGUCAACAACAAGCCAACAAAACCUUUUAGUCAAUCCGAAUAGUUUAUGUGAACAAAAGAGUAAAGAGAAUCAAUCUGUGAACAUGACGAAAAACAUUGAUGAUGGCAAUGUGAGUAGUACCUUUGCUGAAAACAAAUACAGCAUCAAUGACAUUUCAGACACUCUUAAAAUGGCUGACCAAACAGUCUUGUUAACCGAACUGGAAUCUUUGCAAUCAAAAUGCAAAAAUAUGUUGCAGCAUUUCAUCUCAAGUUUUGAACGAGAUCAGAAAAUACCAUUCAACCAAUCUUUCGUUUCAAGACAUCUCAUCUUGGAGCAAUAUUUGGAUCAUCCCCCUGCACAAGUCGAUCUGAAAUACGAAGCAAUAAAUUCUUACUUGGAGUUGCAGAUGAUGAUGGAAGCUUGGCAGUUUGUGGACAACAAAAUAAACUUUCUAAGAGGUAAACCUACAUUUAGGAGUUUGCUUUGGUAUGAUCCUUCUCUUUACGGAGAACUCUACAAGGGGGAAGUCGGCUUUCAGCAGCAGUCAUCAUUGUUUGCUUCUUUUCAAAAGAUCUUGGCACAAGAUGGUGAUGGUAAACUGCAGGAAUACUAUCAUGCGGUGUCCUCUUUGCAUCAACAGCUGCAUGCGGCACCUGAUGCUUCUUAUUACAUGUAUCUGAAGAGCAAGCGUGAGCUCCUCGAGGCAGAGGCUGCACUCCGAAAUCCACGUGAUAUUAAAAGCUUCUUUUUAUCUGUGCCAGUUGCUGCAACGAUCAACUUUGGAGACAGUUUGGAAAACCUGGAAAAGGUCCACAAAGUUAUAAUGACUUUUGUGGAAACACCAUCGGAUCAGUUGCCAGGGACAUUUGAUGUGGGGAAAGCCGAGCAUCUGUCCAUCGCAUGCAGAUAUCUCCAAGAAAAAGAGCUUUUCAUAAGGUCCUGCAAAGAAAUGAUUAGCAAAAUAUCAUGGUUUGGAAUCGAACAUCUUCUUUAUGAUGCCUCUAAGGUUCUUGUUUGGCACGACAUGAAUCAUGGUGCACCAAGUGAGGCUCUUGAGACAUAUAAGAAUUCAAACCCACAGAUAAUUUUUGGGGUGACCGAGUCAGGUGUUACUCUUGUAAACAAAGUGGAACAGCCUCCUCCACCCACAGAUGGACAGACUCAACAAAAGAAUGAAGCUGCUAGAAAACGCAAAUGUUUACAGUUAUGGAUGUCCUCUGAACCCAGUGUGUCACAGAGCAUAAAGUCUAGCAAGGAGCUUGCUUACAAAAUGGCUAAAAGGAGGGUGACUCAUCCACCUGUAACACAUUGUGACGUGAAUGAUAAAGGCCCCCUUUUCCAAACAACUCCAGCCACCCAUCUUGAGAAGCUGAGCCCUUACUACCCUCUCCCUCUCAGAAUGGAUCCACAGUGGGGAAUGGUUGGAAGUGCCGCUGUAGACUGGAAGACACCUAACAUAGUCACCCCUUCGCCUUCAACGUCUCAUGCUCACUCUGAAAUACACUCUCAUCUUCUAUCUAAAAGACGAAGAGCUGUUUCACACUCUUCAGACAGGAGAUCUUUAGCAGAUGUACAAAUACCUCAAUGGCCUUCGAUCUCAGAUCCCCAAGCAAGUUUACGAGGAGAUUCUUGUGCUACACGUUCAGCAUUUGAGAGCGUUAAAUAUCAACAAAAUAGCACUGCAGCACAUUGUUCUAUGCUCUCACAACAGCAAGUAAACCAGAUCAGUUUAGCCAUGACACAACCUUAUAGUUUGCCAAACUGUAAUGUAAAUCAAAAUUUGGUAUCUUCUCCUCUCUCAGUCCAGGCUUUGACUCAUGUUCCUGUGCCCAACACGAUUACAACAAUUCAAUAUCCUUACUUCCUUCUGAAUGGACAAACAUACACCACAGGCUCCACUGGAGCCAUUCACCCUGAUACUAGAUAUUAUCCUAGCGCCAUUUAGGGCUAUAGUACUUUACGAUUGAAUUUUAUGUACAUGUUUUACAAGAAAUUCUCACUGCAUCAAUGCAGAGAUCAUACAUGCACUUGGUACUUUUAAGCAAAUGUACUCAAAUGGUCUUUAUAUGCAAUAUAACACACAUUUCAGGUAAAAUCCUCUAUGUACUCUAUAUAACGCUAUAUGUUAUAGCGUAAUGUGUUAUAUACAAGACGUUGAUGUUACUUUAUUGUAGUAUUUAUUGAAAUUCAAGAAUUAUUUUCUACAAAACAAGUUAUCGUGAAUAAAGAAAUGGUUUGAUCAUUUUA